AUGUUUCCUGGAGUAUUAGUUUUAUUAGCCUUUAUUGUUCUAGCCAGCACAAAUUCCCAGGAAUUAGCUUCUAGGAUGAAUAUUUCAGAAUACAUUAUUGGUUAUUCUCAAGAACCAAUAGCUUCUCAGGCGUCUUCUUUACUUCCUAAUCGAGUCCUUCAAAACUGCUAUUUAGGCUGUGCUACCUGCACAGAUACAUAUUUUGAUAGUUGCACAAUUUGCCAGUCGACAUACAAUUAUCAUAACGGCCAGUGUUUAAAGGAAUGCCCAACUGGAUAUAUUGCGACUCUUACGACUUCUUGAGAUUGCAUUUUGUUGUCAAGUUUGCUUUUUGAUAUACCUUUUAAUAAAAUUGAAGGAUAUUUCAACAUUCUCAGUGAUAGCAUGACAUUAAUUUGCGGAAAUAGUCCCUAUCAAUUUUAUCCAAACUAUGACAAUAAUGAUCCAUAUCCGACGAAAAAUAGUGGGUAUUAUUUUGACCCAACUAAGUCAUAUAUGCAGAUGCCACCAAACAGCUGGUCCUCAACGAAUUUUAUAUUGAAUAUUCAGCAUACUAUUUCAUUUUGAACGUGAAGAAAUCCAAAUACUAACCUGGAUCAAGAUGUAGUAUUUUCCAAAUCGAAAGACUUUGUAAGUUAUGAAUGGUCUAUCACUUUAUCAUCAACUACAAUAUCCUAUAUGUUUAAUGCAGUUGGAGAUCAGGGAUAUAAUUCACAAUAUGAACUCCCCUUUUCGAUCAAUGACCCCAGGUCAGCUUGAAGCUCGUUUACAUUUGCAAUGGCUCAUUCCUCAGGUGCAUAUUCUCUUUCCCUUUACCAAAAUGGGGUAUUUAAUUCAGUGCAAUCUGCUAAUAGUCCAGGAGGGAAAUUUUGAUGGGACCCUGAAAAACCAUUCAUAAUAGGAUUUAAUAGCGAAACUUUGGUUGGGUUUGACGGUUGGAUUGCAGAAAUUUCAGUUUAUUCAGUUUUUAUUACAGAUCCUCAACUUUUUUUGCUAGAUUGCAUAGCUUCAAGUAGCUGCUUCUCCAGUUGUCUGCUUGGCAGUUUCUUAUAUAGUAAUUGAUGCGCGAGCUGCGGUUCUUCUUGCUCUCAGACUUGCCUAUAUACAGAUCGAUGCAGUUUGUGCUAUAGCGCUAGUUGUAAAUACUGCAAUGGAUUUAGCUCAAGCGAGUGCCUGACAUUUACUUGUGUUUAUGGGUGUACUAAGUGUUCAGAUUCAUUAUUUUACACCUGCGAAGCUUGCAAUACAAAUCUAGGCUUAUAUGCCCACAAGGGGGUGUGCGUUAAUCACUGCCCGGAGCAAUAUUCUGCUCAAAGCGGAAGCUGCACAGGUGGAAUAAAUUGAAGAAAUAUCUAUGAUUUUACAUUGGACUCUUUAGCAGGAGCUCCAAUAUAUUAUGAUCAUUGAUCUACAACUUAUGGCUUAACUCCAAGCAAAUGUGUAUUUCCAAGGUUCACAGACAGUUUUAAGAACCAGGCUGAGAGAUGAGAUAGAGCUGUAUCUGGUAAAUGCUGACGCCCAAGAGAUUCGUCUGCAGCUGAUCUAGCUAUUACCAAAGAUUUAUAUUGAGCGUGAAGUUAAACAAGUAAACACAGAUCUUAAAUAAUAUUAAUUAUAAUCCCAAGCAAACUAUACCCAGAAUUAAAUCCGAUUCCAAGUUAUGAUAGAGGGUUUUAUUUUACAGGAAGCAAUGAUUGCUAUUUGACCACAACUAGUGAUAUCGUCUUUGAUUUAGAUCAUAGUCAUUCGUUCUGGAUCAGGACAGCCGAUUCUAACUCUCAAACACUUAUUCAUAAAUGAAAUAGUGACAGCUCUGCGGAAUUUAGCCUUAUACUUUACAUAGUAGGUUUUUGGCCAUGAAUUUCUAUUCGAUUGAAUACUCCUGACUCCAGCUCCUCUUCAGCCGAAACAACCUAUGAUGUCUUAGAAAAUAACUAUCCAAUUGAGAAAGAUGUCUGGAUUAUUUUUACUCUAAUCAUUCGAUUUAUCCGAGGAUCGACCUUCUACAAUCUUUGCAUUUAUGACUCUUGCAAGGGGCUUACUAGGAUAACAAACGGAUUUUUUAGUGACAUGUCAUCUAAAGCGAUUUAUGGCGCAAGCUUACAAGGAGGUGUCUAUUCAAAUCCCUUCCAUGGCUUCAUGUAUCGAAUUUUAUAUUACUCCUAUGAUGUAAGCUCUACGGACCUUGCUAUUUUAUUUUUAAAAACUUGUACUGGUUGUGAUUAUUGCACAGGUACUGGAAAGUGCCUAGGAACUUGUGAUUGGAACUUUUAUUUAGAUACAGGAUCGGGAAGCUGCAAAUCCUGCCUAAGUUCAUGCCAAUAUGGCUGUAUAAAUGGCGAUAAUUGUAGUUUAUGCAAAGCCAAUGCAUGCCAACAAUGCUCUAGUUUUUAUACAUCUUCUUGUGAUACUUGUUACACUGCUACAUAUUGAGAUGGUGUAAAGAAUUGCGUCUGUCUAAAUGGACAUGAUUUCGACUAUGAAAAACUUGAAUGCAAAAAUCCUUGCUUUUCAUUGUGCACCUCAUGCAAUGGAUUGCAGAUGAGCCAAUGCACAGCCUGCAAGUCUGAAUAUAAACUAUAUAAUGGCUUCUGUGUAUUGAACUGCCCAUUAGGCUAUAUAAAUAAUCAAUCAGUAUGCGAGCUCCAAUCAUCAGCGCUUUAUAUCUCUUAUAAGUUCAAUCAAAUUUUAAACCCUCAAUAUGAUUCAAUAAGUGCUUACCCUAUAAGUUUAGGUAGUGAUAGUCGUUAUUACCCUGAUUAUGGCUCAGAUAAUCCAUGAACUCUUCCUAAUAGAGGACUUUGGUUCCGAGAAAACUCUCUUGCUUCAAUUAAGCCGCCAGAAGCCGAUCCGUCAGAUAGGAUAACUCUCGGCUUAAGUCAAAACAUUGACUUGUGGACAAUGAUUAGUCCUCAAGAUAUUAAUGGAGCAAUUCUUGCUGUGUAUACUACUGACUCAUAUCUUUUGCUUAUACAAUGCUAUCAGACUUCUUCAGGCUACUCUUUUGAAGCUUGCUAUAACGUAACAAACGAAUAUGACAGCUCAACAGUCAAAUACUGCUUGCAAAGUUCGAGCUAUACCUAUAAUAAUUGGCAAAGGGUGGUUCUAUCUUAUUCUUAUUCAGCAUACAUAUCAAAAGCCAGCCUUUUUGUGAACGUAGACAAAGUUGACUCAUGGACUCAUGGCGAUGCAAUUUAUAAAGAAAAUUAUGAAUAUAAGUUUGGCUUAGGGACAUGAAAUUCUCAGCUGUCUUUUAGUGGGUGCAUUUAUUCCUUAAAAAUUCGCAAUUUUGGCGCAGAAUCAAUUCCUAUAUGGUCAUCUACUUGUGGCUACCCUUUUUGCACUGGGGAUGGGGAAGGACUUAUAAAUUGUAUGUCGAAUGAGUAUUAUGAUAGUGCUGAUAAGAGCUGUAAAGCAUGUGACCAAAGCUGUAGUAUUGGUUGUGCUAGAGGCAACUCAUGCAGUUUGCAUGAAAAUCCACUGUGCUACAGCUUUUCUAGCUACGAAUUUGCCAAGUGCAUCGAGUGCAAAAUAAACGCUAUUAACACACCUCCAUGUACUUGCAGCGAUACUUUUGAGUAUGACCCUGUUUCUGAAUCUUGUGCAUGUCCAAAAGAUUAUCAAUUACUCAAUGGGAAUUGCAUAGCUUGCUUCAGGUACUUACAACCAACUGAAAUAAAAGCAUAUUUUACGUCAACUUUUGUGAGAAUAAUUUUUGAGCUUGGCAUACCUAUCGAUACUACAAAUCUGGACUGUGAGAAGAUCUUUCCAACAAAUGUCCUAUCAAAGUUCGGAAAUAGAUAUUUAUGUUAUUAUUAGAUGGAUUUUAUAACUCCUACCCUCAGUGAGCAAACAAAACCAUUGGAAAAAUCCUUAUUUUUGGGUAAAGCAAUUUUUUUAGUGUAAAGUUCUUUCAUAAAAAACUAUUGCCCUUUGGACAAAUUUGGUCGUGCCUUGUGCAUUUUUAGGUGCAAGUACACGCUCCAUACUGGUGGCCAGCUUUCUAUUUUACCAGGUCGGCUAAUGUGCUUGUGCCUAAAAAUUCAGAAUUCAGAAUCAAAUUUGUCCAAAUGAUUAUUUGAUAUAUAAGUGAUAGUUAUUAUAAAGAAAAUCUCUACUACAAUUAGAGCCAAAAGGAUGCUCGGGUUAUAAUUCUGCUUAACUUUAAACAGUUUGCAUUUUAAAAUAGAAAUUUUCCAAAAUUAAAUUAAUAUCUGCUUUAAAAUUAUUUCGAAAAAGAAUUAAUAGCUAUCACACCAAAAAUUAUGCUUAUUAAUAUUAUAAUUAAAUCUUUGUUUAAUAUAUAAGAGCACCUCGAAAAAUAACUAAUAGGCACUAUUUUAAUUUAGAAGCCACAAAGAUAAUAAUAGACCUUGGUGAUGAAUUCACUAUUGAAAAUGAGCCAAUAGAAAUCAUCAAAGGAGCAUUAAAAGGAAAAAACGCAGAGUGUGGGCACUUUUUAUAUGAUUUAAAUAUCGAUUUAGACUACUCUGUUCCUUCACUAUACCCAUCAGCCAAAAUUGAUGCCCCAAACACUGUUCUCUACAAUUGUGAGGAUCUUUCGAUUUCAGGGCAUAAGUCUACAGGACAUAUCAAGUCAAGCUUAUAUUAUAAAUGAAACAUAACAUCAGAGCCAAGCAUCCCUGCUUUGCUGAACUAUAAUACAGACUUCCUAAAAGAAGCAACAGGAUUUACCAUACCAAAAACUGAUCUAUCAACUGCAAAAAUCACUAUUUCGCUGACUGUAAAAAAUAGAUUUGGAAAUGAGGAUACUACUUCUCUAGUAGUAGAGGCAGUUUCUGAUGAAAUUUCUAUGAAUUUUGACAGAGCAAUUGACUAUCAAACACUAUAUACUGAUUAUGCAGAAUACGCGAUUGGCUCAAUCUCAUCUUGCAGCUUACUUCAAGGCGCAAAUUUCACGUGAAAGCUGUUAAGUGCUGUUGGUAAUUAUUCAAAAAUAGACGAAAAUAGUCUUUGGGGCAGCCAAACAGCCCAAGCAACUUUAAAUCUUCCUCAAAGAAGUCUUUCUCCUCGCUUAAACGCAACAUUUUCAAUAGAAGCAUUUGACUCAUCUUCAAAUUUGCAAGGCAGAAGCACGCUUGAUAUCACAAUAAAAGCUGCUAACCCAUACAUCGAAUUUUCGCGAGCAAGUGGCAGCGCAGACACGCGCCAUCCUAUUUUUAUUAACGCUAGUCUUAGCUAUGAUCCUAACGAAAGAAAGCCUCUUGAAUUUGAGUGGGCUUGCUCUUUUGAGAAUUCCACUGACUGCAGUUCUGUUAUUUCUGACCCAACUUUGCCAAACUUGACUUUACCUGCAGAUUCAUUAGCUCAAGGACAAAUAUAUGAAUUUACACUGACAUGUCUACUCGAACUAGGUUCCAGGAGGCAACUAAGUUCGGUCUUCUCACAGAAUUUGUUUGAUAAAGGGUAUAAUAGACAUUUGAGCAAUGAGUUUGUACAAUCUCAAAAAAUCAUAACACUGAGCACUUUGAGCUAUGAAAUUCCUGCGGUUAGUAUAACUAAUCCUCUGACUGGAUCUCAGCCAGAUAUAUUCUCGCUAAACUCUCCAUUAAGAUUUGAAGCCUCAAUUACUAGUGACUCAAAAAAAUCUUAUUCCUAUACAUGAAGUAUCCCUGGAAGCGAAAACGUUGAAUUCUUAACUCCUCAGGGUCAGCUAUUUCUUUCCAUAAGCCCAGAUUCCUUAAGUCCUGGGCAGAGCUAUACCCUUCUCUUAAGUGUCUCAGAUGGUAAAUUAAAUUCAUAUUUUGAAUACAAAUUUUACUCGAACUCUCCUCCAUAUUCAGGAACUUUUAACGUAACCCCGACAUCCGGCAUUGAGCUGAAAACUUUUUUCAAGAUGGAAGCCCUUGAAUGGGUUGACGACGAAAGCAAUUAUCCACUUUAUUAUUCUUAUGGAUACGUCGCUGAAAACAGCGACAUCUACUUGAAUUUCAAAAAUCAGAGCUCAACACAUUAUUCUACGUUUCCUUAUUUAGGAAACGAACUAGAAGUUUUUAUAGUUAUUUAUGACAGUUUAGGAGCUUACACAAGAAAAACAAGCUCAAUCAGUAUUUCACAGAAUCUUAUCUUUAACCAGACAGAGCUUUUUAUAAGCUACAAGGACUUUGCAAACGCAGAAACUUCAAACCCGCAAGUGUUCCCUUGGAUCAUAUCUACGCUAUGUAACUCAAUUCUCAAUCGAGAUUAUUACUUAAAAGGAAAAUAUAGAGAGCCUUCUCCUUCAGACCUGCAGCUGUGACAAAAUGUUGUCCAAUUCACUAUAGAAUCAAUUGAUUUUUUAAUAGAAAUUAGCCAAUUUGAUAGCCAGUCCAUUUCUGUUUUUUCCUGCUUAUUAGGUGUGGUAUCUGCUAACCCUUAUUUGCAUAUCAGCUCUCUAGAAAAUAAAGUUUUUCUAAUUAUUGAUGAGAUCUUUAAUAGUAUUUCAAGCUCUCAAGCCCUUUAUGAGCAGCAAAUUAAUGACUAUUUUAAAGUGAUUGACCAAGUCUAUCAAUAUAACUCCACAACUCUUGUUGUUAAGAAUCGAGAACUUGCAGCUGCAGUACAGUCUACAAAUAAGAUCCAAAGUGCUACCCUUUCACAGAUGGUAUUGAACGAAAACAAGGAAUCAAAAAUGACGAAUAUAGGGGUCACUAUGGCAGUAAUGAAAGCAAAUGAUUUAAAUGGAUAUCAGCUUAACUCAACUGGCAGAAAUGCUUCAGUGCUCUUUCCAGACGAUUUUACAGCAAUGCUUGCAGACGCGACAAAUGAAACAAUUGUGGACAUCGCAAUGAUGGUUCUCGACUGCCCAAAUGACCCCAAUAGUAUAUCAUCCUCAGUUGUAGAUAUAAGUAUAUACGGUCAUAAAUCCCGAGAAAAAAUUAGCGUCAAUUCUACAUCCUCACGGAUCUUGAUUCAAAUCCCUGUUUGGAAUGCGAAAUAUUCUAACUAUACUCCUCAAUGUGUCUUUUUGGACACAAAAUCAAUGAACUGAAGCACAGAAGGAUGUAUUAAAUACAAAAGUGAUUCACAAAGUGUGACUUGUAGCUGCAGCCACCUUACAACCUUUACAGUACUUAAUGCAGCUAGUUCAUCCAUAGUAAAUUCCAAUAUUGGAGAUACUUUCAAUGCUAAUGCAUGGCUAUCGCUGAAUGCCACAAAUGCGGCUGGCUUGUAUUUUUGUAUCGCAACUUUGAUUAUAUAUGGAAUUUUAGGGGUUUUAGCUAUAAAUAGAGAUAGAAAAAUAGAAAAGGAAGAGGAAAACAGAAGAAUAAAACUGAAGGGGACACCAAAGAAGAUUAAUAAAGUAGCAACUAAAUUUGGAAAUUCCUCACUCCCCUCACUUUAAAUUGGAACAAAAAUUUUGUUCCAAUUUAAAGGAGGAUUAAUUUACCAAAAAAUUGAAAAUUUUACCUAUAUUUUGUUCUAAUUUAAAGGGGGGGAUUCAGGGAAAAUUGGAGAUGAAAGUCCUAAGAAGCCAUCCAAAAAAUCAUGCUGGCCUUGGAAAAAAUCAGAUCGAGAAUAUAAAGAACAGAAAAGCGCAUCUUUUGUUACUCCAAAAGAAGUAUUUGUUUAUAGCUUUUCUGAGGAUAGCCUCAAUAGAAGCACUGAGGAUACAGAUGAAAAUGCUCGAUUUAAGAAAUUAAUCUGGUAUUUUGCAAAAAAGCAUGAACUUUUCAGUAUCUAUUUGGUAAGAGAUCCAUAUCUGACCAGUCUCAGCAGGAUCACAUUAUUUUUCCUUGCACUUUUAGGACAAAUGUUUUUCAUGGGCAUGUUUUAUCAAAAUUCUGAUUCUUCAAGAGAGAAAAUACGCUAAUAGAAUGGCCUGUCCUUCUUCUUUACCCUCGUGUUUUUUUUUUGUCAAGAAAGUCAGGUUCUGCAAUUUAUGCCCCGGCGAUUUUUUACCCUGCACUAUAUUAAAGGAAAUCAGAGUUCAUAUGCCAAAACUCCACACUUCUGGAUGCAAAGAGGAAUGGGACUAAAGAAGGAUUAGGGGUUGUGCCCUAUCUCCGAUCCCCUGAUAGAUUAUGUCAGCCACUCUCCUAGACAGAUAAGGACUUAAUCUAAUCAAGCGAAAACGUGUACUACAACUCGUCUAGUCCAACAAAUAGCACAAUAUCGAAUAAUGAUGAUAAUUCAUCAGUCAAUUACAGCUGGACCGAUUUCUGGAUUAUGGUUUGGUCUUCUCUAUUUAUGAUUAUCAUAACUACCCUUCUUAAUUUUCUUCUAACUCUCCCCCCCCUCCGUGAGUGAACAAAAACCAUUAGAAAAAUCGCCAUUUUUUGCCCAAAAAACCCACCCUCCGUGAGUGAACAAAAAUUUUUUGUAAUAGAAGAAAAAAAUUUUGAUAUAUAAAUGAUAAUUAAUAUAAUGAAAUCUAGAGCUAAUUCUGUUUAAUUUUAAAUGAUUUGCUAUUUAAAACAUAAAUUUUAUAAAUUAAAUUAAUAUUUGCUUUCCUAUUUUUGCAAAUUAGGAUUUUUUUAAAUUUCGAAAAAAAAUAUUUUUUUUAUACAAAUUUUUUUAAAAAAAAAAAAAUUAAACCCCCCUCCGUGAGUGAACAAAAUUUUUUGUUCACUCACGGAGGGGGGGAGUAAAAGAAAAGCUGGUUGAAGACCAAAUGACUGAAAUGCAAUACAAGAGAAUUAAGCGGCAGAAUAAAAUUAAACGAAUAGUAGGGCUCAUUUUAGCAUGGGGCUUUAUGAUUUAUUUUUGCUGGAGCAUUGUCCUCUUUGCCAUUCAGUUUAAUGAAUCAGUUAGCAGAACUUGGGUUCUCAACGUAGGGGUUGGGUAUAUAGUCAAUAUUUGUUUUACAUCUGUCGUUAAAGCAGCUCUGUAUGCUUAUAUAGCGAUAAAAGUGGUUGAAUUUUACGAAAAGUAUAAAAGGAAAAAGUUUAGACAGAAUAAUGAACUGGAAAGCGACGAUUUGAUUGAUGAAAUACAGACUGCGACUCCUGGACUGAAAGGAAAUGGGAAGAUCGCUGAUAUAGAUACAUCAAUUCCAAAAGAAGAGGAAGAAAAAACAAAAGACAGAGCAAAAAGAGUUGUGGCGGCACAUAAAGUUUAA